GACGCGCAAAAGCAUCUACCUUCGUCUGCAAUGGUUCCGUUGGGUCGAUUCGUUUUCUUAAAUCCCUCAUUUUUUCGUGCCCAUCGCCCGGCUCUGCCAACGCCGGCAACGUCCUUCCCAUAUUGCCCUUCUAAAUCGGGCAAAUUGACCGACCUGCACAACCUUAAGCACUUGAAGCUUGUCUCCUCCUCUUCCUCCUCCUGCUCGUCGUUACUGUCAUCAUCAUCCUCCAUGGAAGCUCCUCCGGAAGGUUACAGGAGAAAUGUUGGCAUCUGUCUCAUCAAUUCUUCUAAUAAGAUCUUUACUGCUUCAAGGCUGGAUAUUCCGGGCGCCUGGCAAAUGCCGCAGGGUGGUGUUGAUGAGGGUGAAGAACCAAAAAAUGCAGCUAUUAGAGAAUUGAGAGAGGAAACAGGAGUUACUUCCGCCGAAGUUCUUGCAGAGGUUCCUUAUUGGUUGGCUUAUGAUUUUCCACCGGAGGUUAGAGAAAAGCUUAAUCGUCAAUGGGGAUCAAACUGGAAAGGUCAAGCACAGAAGUGGUUUCUUCUUAGAUUCACUGGAAAAGACGAAGAGAUAAACCUUUUGGGUGAUGGAACAGAAAAGGCUGAGUUUGGGGAGUGGUCAUGGAUGACUCCGCAACAAGUAGUUGAACUUGUGGUUGAUUUCAAGAAGCCUGUAUAUGAUGAAGUUCUGAAAGUCUUCACUCCCUAUCUUCAGUCAGAUUCUUCUGGACAGGUGUUAUAGACAGUUCCAUGCAAAGAAAUGACUGGAAUAUGGAAUGCAAUUCACUGAUCCAACAUGGUGGUAGUGCCAUGGCAGGUUUGCAUGAGUUAUAUGUAGCUAUCUAAUUGUGUCUGUAUUCCUGUCCUUUGUACCCAAACUUCAUGGUGUAAAUUGGGCCAUAAUCCCAGUUUUGAGUUUAUUCGUUUUUUUAAUAAGUUAGCUGUCCAAUGUUGCUCAGUCGAUGAUACUUAAACGUCGUCGUCAUGGGAGCUUCCUUCUGGUGUUGAAGGGAAAGAUUACACUAUUGCAAGA